CAUUUUGCCUUCUGCUCUAGCUACUGUGAAACAGUCUGAAGGAUAUAGCCUGAUGCGCAUUUCCUGACCUUGCAGAAAGAGCUGUGCAAAACCAAGGGGAGAGCUGAGAGCCUGAUUUUCAUCUUAUCUAACAGGGUGACCCCAAGAAAACCCCAGGGAAGUCAGGGGUGCUCUAGCAGCGUAAGACCAGAUGUUAAAGACUUUUCUUCUGGGAGUGCUAUCCAGAAAUCUGAGAGGAUUCAGGCACAGUGGAGAGACUGAAGUUUAAGGUUCACCCAGGCAAGAAUUAGCCUUCCUCCUUACUGGAACACCUGACUUGGAGAUGACAUAUAUGCUGAACUGGGAGCAAAGUCCUGUAAUAAAUAACUGUGCUUCAGUCAUUUCCUCCUUUGUGCAGCAGGGAACUGGCAGUCGGUGCGGGAUCCCUUAAUGGCACCAGUGCCACUUUCACCUUUCUUUUCCUUCUUACUCCAACACUUAUGAAAAAGACGGAAUUAAGCUGCAAGAAGUCAUACAGUGAAGAUUUCUUCUGGAGAGGUUACAUACAGUGAUCUGAAACAUAAUGGUGGUUUUCAGAAAGGGUGAUCAUGUGUGGCUGGAAACUCAAUCAAACAGUGAAUUUAAUGUCCCUAUUGGGGCAGUUGUGAAGGAAUCUGACUCAGGACGGAUCUUGCUGGAGGAUGAUGAAGGCAAGGAACACUGGAUCACAGCUCGGAACAUGCACAUGGUGCGCCUGAUGCAUCCCUCCUCUGCCCAGGGGGUAGAAGACAUGAUCCGCCUCGGGGAUCUCCAUGAAGCAGGCAUGGUGCACAAUCUCCUCAUCCGCCAUCAGGAGCACAAAAUCUAUACUUACACGGGAUCGAUCCUGGUAGCAGUGAAUCCGUACCAGCUGCUGCCCCUCUACACAGUCGAUCAGAUCAGACUGUACUCCAACAAGAGGAUCGGAGAGCUGCCACCUCACGUCUUCGCCAUUGCAGACAACUGCUAUUUCAAUAUGAAGAGGAAUAAGAGAGACCAGUGCUGUGUGAUCAGCGGAGAGUCUGGAGCUGGGAAGACUGAAAGCACGAAGCUAAUACUACAGUUUUUGGCAGCUAUCAGUGGCCAGCAUUCCUGGAUAGAGCAGCAAAUCCUAGAGGCCAACCCCAUUCUGGAAGCUUUUGGAAAUGCCAAGACAAUUCGAAAUGACAAUUCAAGCCGCUUUGGGAAAUACAUCGAUAUCCACUUCAACCACAACGGUGUGAUAGAAGGAGCACGAAUAGAACAGUUUCUCCUGGAGAAGUCCCGGGUUUGCCGGCAGGCUCCAGAGGAGAGGAACUAUCACAUCUUCUACUGCAUGCUGAUGGGGAUGAACACAGAGCAGAAAAAAAUGCUGAAUCUGGGUACUGCUUCGGAGUACACUUAUCUCACUAUGGGCAACUGCACGUCCUGUGACAGCCGGAAUGACGCGAAGGAUUAUGCCCACAUCCGCUCAGCUAUGAAGAUCCUCAUGUUCUCAGAUUCUGAGCACUGGGACAUCAGCAAGAUGCUGGCUGCGAUCCUGCACCUGGGGAAUGUAGAGUUCGAAGCGGCUGUAUAUGACAACUUGGACUGCUCCGAUGUGAUGGACUCACCGCACUUUUCAAUCGCAACCAAAUUGCUUGAGGUGGAUUCCAGUGAGCUCCGGAAUAGCCUCACAAACCUCUCCAUCAUUGUCCGAGGAGAAAGUGUGUCCAGGCCUCUGAACAUAAUUCAAGCCGCAGAUGGCAGGGAUGCCUUUGUGAAGGGUAUAUAUGGACGGAUUUUCCUGUGGAUAGUGAACAAGAUCAACUCAGCCAUUUUCAACCCAACUUCUCAGAAGCCUAAAGACAGGCGUCAGUCCAUUGGACUCUUGGACAUCUUUGGGUUUGAAAACUUCAGCAACAACAGCUUUGAGCAGCUCUGCAUUAACAUUGCCAACGAGCACCUUCAGCAGUUCUUCGUGCACCACGUCUUCAAGCUGGAGCAAGAAGAAUACCUUGCAGAGAACAUUACCUGGAGGAACAUUGACUUCACUGAUAACCACCAGGCACUGGAAGUCAUCGCACUCAAGCCUAUGAAUAUCAUCUCCCUCAUUGAUGAAGAGAGCAAGUUCCCAAAGGGCACAGAUGCCACCAUGCUUGUCAAAAUCAACUCCCUCCAUGGCAAAAGUAACAUCUACAUCCCACCUAGGAGCGUUCAUGACACCAAGUUUGGCAUCAACCAUUUUGCUGGGGUUGUCUUUUAUGAAUCAAAAGAUUUCCUGGAAAAAAAUCGGGACACACUGAGUGCUAAUGUCAUGCAAGUGGUUCAUUCCUCCAAAAACAAAUUCCUGAAAGAGAUUUUCCAGGUGGAAACAACCCCACCUACUCUGGGACGUGGGACCAUCCGGCAUCUUGGAGCUGACCAGGCCUACAAGGGCUUGGAUACCACCAAACGGCUCUCUACUCUGGGAGGACAGUUCAAGCAAUCCCUGGAAAAACUGAUGAAAAUCCUUGAGCAGUGCCAGCCAUACUUCAUCCGCUGCAUCAAGCCAAAUGACUACAAGAAACCACUGUUGUUCGACCGGGAACUGUGUAUCAAACAGCUGCGAUAUUCAGGGAUGAUGGAGACCAUUCAGAUAAGGAAAUCUGGCUACCCCAUUCGCUACACCUUUGAGGAGUUCUUUGAGAGAUACAGAGUCCUCCUGCCGUGGUCUCUUCGAGAACAGCUGAAGAAUGACGCUCGACAGAGCUGUAUCAGCAUCUCUGAAGCAGUGCUGGGCAAGGAUGAAAGCUGGCAAGCUGGAAAGACCAAGAUUUUCCUUAAAGAUCAUCACGAUACAGUAUUGGAGCUGCAACGCCAAAAUAUACUCACAGAUAAGGUUCUUCUUAUCCAGAAGGUGAUGAGAGGAUUGAAGGACAGGAAGCAGUUUCUGAAACAGAGGAGGUCUGCCAUAGCCAUUCAGUCAGCCUGGCGAGGCUACUGCUGCCGGAAGGAUUUCAGAAUGGUUAUGCUGGGUUUCGGGCGCCUGCAGGCCAUGUACCGCAGCCGGCAGCUUGCUAAACAGUAUGAAACAACCCGCGUUCAUAUCAUCAGGCUUCAAGCCAUGUGCCGUGGUUACCUAAUGCGACAAAAGAUAGCAGAGCAGAAGAAAGCUGUAUGUGUUAUACAGGCAUAUGCAAGGGGCAUGUUUGCUCGCCGAACCUACCAAAGGAUGAAAAGGGAGAAUAUCCGCUUGGAAGAAGAGAAACGUCUCAUCCAAGUCCUUGGACCAGUGAAAGCAAGGGAAGAAGCUAUGAGGUUAGAAAAGGAACACCUGGCGGCUCUGGAGAGAGAGGAGACAGAAGCAAGACAGAAGAGGAAUGCUUUUGCCAAUAAACCAACAAAUAAUGAUGUUAUCAGCGACCAGGAAAUGGUGGACAAAAUUUUUGGUUUCUUACCUUCUAUGAUCGGAGGCCAGGAAGGACAGGCUCCUCUGGGUUUUGAGGACUUGGAAACAAAGCCUAACAAGCUGGAGGAGGUGGACCUGGAUAUGCUUCCUAUGAGUGUGGAGCUAGAGGAGGAAGCAGAUGACUUGGAAGAGUACACCUUCCCAAAGUUUGCAGCCACUUAUUUCCAGGGGUCAUCUACACAUACACAUAUCCGGAGACAGCUGCGACACCCACUGCUCUACCAUGAUGACAAGGACAACGUCCUGGCUUCUCUUGUCGUGUGGGUUGUCAUCCUGAGGUUCAUGGGCGACCUGCCAGAGCCAGCAAUGUUUGCCAAGAAUGCCACCACCAAGAGCAGCUCCAUGAUGACACAAAUAUAUGACACACUUGGCAGGAAAAACCAGGUCCAGUUCACAAACAACAGCCCAAAUAUGAGAGAAAACAGAAAGGAUAACAAGAUUUCCAAGGGAAUCUCUUCCCUGAAGCUGAAACGGUCAUCCAAGUUGACAGGGAAGGUGACAGACCAGCUGAGGAGUGGAGAAGAAGCUUUCCAGGAGGACAGCUCCAUCUCUGAGAGACCUAUGUCCAACCUAGAAAAAGUGCACUUUAUUAUUGGCAAUGCAAUUCUGCGCCCUGCCAUCAGAGAUGAGAUUUAUUGCCAGAUUUGCAAACAACUCACUGAAAACAGCAACAGGAGCAGCUACGCUCGAGGCUGGAUCUUGCUGUCACUUUGCCUUGGUUGCUUUCCUCCUUCAGACACAUUUGUGAAGUACCUGUUGAAUUUCAUCCACCAUGGGCCCACAGGCUAUGCACCAUAUUGUGCUGAACGUCUGAGACGUACCUACGUCAACGGAGCACGGACUGAACCUCCGAGCUGGCUGGAACUUCAGGCAACAAAGCAGAAGAAACCCAUUAUGUUUAAUGUCACCCUGAUGAAUGGCGAAAGCAUCACUGUCCCUGCAGACUCUGCUUCCACUGCCAAAGAGAUCUGUCAGUUCAUAGCAGAUAAAACCAAGCUGAAGGAUGUGUUUGGUUUUUCACUCUACGUUGCUGUGUUUGAUAAGGUCUGGUCACUGGGUGGGGGACGAGAUCAUGUCCUGGAUGCCAUCUCUCAGUGUGAACAGCUGGCGAAGGAGCGCGGCACACACGAACGCAAUACACCCUGGCGGCUCUACUUUCGGAAGGAAAUCUUCACCCCCUGGCACAACUCCCAGGAGGAUCCUGUCAGCACUGAUCUCAUUUACCACCAAGUCAUUCGCGGCAUUCGGUUUGGAGAGUACCGUUGUGAGAAGGAGGAGGAUUUAGUGGAGAUAGGUGCAAAAUAUUGUUACAUCCAGUUUGGAGAUUCCAUCCACAAUGAACCUGUGCAGAAGGCGCUCCACGACUGUAUCCCAGUGAAACAGCUCAAGUCCAAGCCCCUGGAGAAGUGGGUGAGCCUUAUAACCUACGCACACGCAAAGGCCCCAUACACACAGGAUCGUCUCUCCCGUCAGACUGUGAAGGCACAACUUGUAGAUUUUGCGCGCUUUCAGUGGCCUUUGCUUUUCUCCCGAUUCUUUGAAGUCACUAAGUUUUCGGGUCCCAGCUUGCCCAAGAACCACUUCAUCGUUGCCGUAAAUUGGAAAGGUAUCUGCUUCUUGGAUGAGUCAGAAAAACGGCUCCUUGAGCUUACCUUCCCAGAGAUAACUGGCAUCCACACCAACAGGGCAGUGAAGUCAUUUGGACAGAGCUGCACCCUCAUCACACUUCGUGCCGAGGAGUUUGUCCUGACAUCUGUGAACAGUGUUGUCAUUGCUGAACUGGUGGUCAUGUUCCUGGAAGGGCUGAAGAAGAGAUCACGAUUCGCUGUGGCAAUGCAUGAGAAAAAAUCCCAAGAAGACCCUGCCAUCCUGUCCUUCAAGAAGGGAGAUUUGCUAAUCUUCACUGAAGACAAAAGGCUGGAUGGAAACUCUGGCUGGAUCUGUGCCCAGAAUGAAAGGACAGGCAAAACAGGGAAUGUAUUUUUGGAAGAGAUCUACAUCAUCCCUUCUCUCACAAAACCCUCUAGUCAAGUGCUGAGUUUGCUGAUGAUGUCUCCAGACCAGAGGAGGACAGCUUCACAGAACUCCUCCAUGGACGAACCUGAUGAAGAGGAUCUCAAAGUGAAGCCUUACACCCUGGAGGAGUUCUCCUAUGAACACUUCAGGACUCCUGAGAAGGAAUCCAUCAGCAAAGCUGUUCUCCAGAAAUCCCGUGGGCGCAGCCAGCUGUGGGCACACUCUAAGGAGCCCUUGAAACAGCCCUUGCUAAAGAAAGCAUGCACAGACCCUGAUCUUCGGGACUUGGCUUGUCAGGCCUUCAUUGCCAUCAUGAAAUUUAUGGGGGACUAUCCCUCAAAACAGGCACACUCCUCUGUGGAAGUCACUGACCAGAUAUUUGUAGCAGCCAUCCAGGAGGAGGUCCUGCGCGACGAAAUCUACUGUCAGAUUAUGAAGCAACUGACUGAGAACAGAAACAGGUACAGUGUGACCAAGGGCUGGCAGCUCCUUUGGCUGUGCACUGGCCUGUUCCCACCCAGCAAGUCACUGCUGAAACACGCCCAGAAGUUCAUGGAGACUCGUCAGAAAGAGACACUGGCCCUGGAGUGCAGUCGGAGGAUUCAGACAGUGAUGAGGAGUGGCUCCAGGAAGUGGGCACCUCAUCCUGUGGAGGUUGAGGCCAUCUUACAGAACAACACUAAGAUCUCACACAAGAUUUGCUUCCCCAAUGAAACAGAACAGACAUUUGAUGUGGGAACAAACACAAAAAUCCGGACUCUGUGUCAGAACAUCGCUUCCAAAUUGCAGCUGAGCUCCUGGGAAGGUUUCAGCCUCUUUGUGAAGAUUGCAGACAAGGUGAUCAGUCAGAACGAAGCAGACUACUUCUUCGACUCACUAAGACAGGUGACAGAGUGGACCAGGAGGAACAAACCAGGGAAAGACGGGAGUGCUAUGUCUGUGGCUUACGAGGUGUACUUCAUGAGAAAGCUGUGGCUGAAUGUCACUCCUGGGAAGGACCUGAAAGCUGAUUCCAUUUUUCAUUACCACCAGGAAUUGCCAAAGUACCUCCGAGGCUACCACAAGUGUUCCAAGGAUGAAGCUGUCCAGCUGGCAGGGCUGAUUUACAAAGUGCGCUUCAACAGUGACCGCACACAGCUGGCAACCAUCCCCAAAAUCCUCAAGGAGCUGGUGCCAGACAACCUGCUCCGAGCAAUGUCACCAGAUGAGUGGAGGAAGAGCAUUACUGCAGCAUAUAGCAAACAUGAAGGAAAAACUGUGGAUGAGGCCAAGAUCGCCUUCUUGAAAAUGAUACACCGGUGGCCAACAUUUGGAUCAGCCUUCUUUGAGGUUAAGCAAACUUCGGAGCCAAAUUUCCCAGAGAUUGUGUUGAUUGCAAUCAACAAGCAAGGAGUGUCACUGAUACAUCAGAAGACAAAGGAUAUUUUAACAGUCUACCCCUUCAAUAAAAUCUCCAAUUGGAGCAGUGGGAGCACAUACUUUCACAUGACAAUAGGGAACUUGGUACGAGGAAGCCGCAUCCUGUGUGAGACAUCUCUGGGUUACAAAAUGGAUGACCUGUUAACAUCCUAUGUACGCCUGCUAAUGAAUGCUGUAAACAAGCAAAAGAACCUCCCAGCCUGAGAGUGGAAACAGAGCCCAUGACCUGUAUUUGUGCCAAAUUACCUGUAAUUUCAUUUCCAGAAUAAAUGCCAUUUAAAAAAUAUUAAUCUUGAUGAUGAGUCUUCUGAUCACACACCAAAUGAACUGUGUUGCUGAAG